AUGUCGUCUUCUUCUUCAUCGUCGACAAAAAAAACAACACUUUUCAUAUCAACCCUUAUCAUCUCAUGGUACUCUUCAAACAUCGGUGUUCUUCUCCUCAACAAGUUCCUCCUCUCAAAUUACGGUUUCAAAUUCCCGAUUUUUCUCACAAUGUGUCACAUGUCCGCUUGUGCAAUCCUUAGCUACAUCUCAAUCGUCUUCCUCAAGCUCGUUCCUCUCCAAUCCCUCAAAUCUCGUUCCCAAUUCCUCAAAGUCGCGACUCUUAGCAUCGUCUUCUGUGCUUCCGUCGUCGGUGGUAACAUUUCUCUUCGGUACCUUCCGGUAUCUUUCAAUCAAGCCGUCGGUGCUACGACGCCGUUUUUCACCGCUUUGUUCGCUUAUCUUAUGACCCUUAAGAGAGAAGCUUGGGUUACCUAUGGUGCUCUUGUCCCUGUCGUUGCAGGUGUUGUAAUCGCCAGUGGGGGUGAGCCAGGAUUUCACUGGUUUGGAUUCAUUAUGUGCAUUAGUGCUACGGCGGCAAGAGCCUUUAAAUCUGUUCUUCAAGGCAUCUUACUUUCUUCAGAAGGGGAAAAAUUGAACUCGAUGAAUUUGAUGUUGUAUAUGUCUCCAAUAGCUGUCGUAGCUCUCCUUCCCGUCACGCUAGUUAUGGAGCCAGACGUGAUCAGCCUGACCUUGACGCUUGCGAAACAACAUCAGUACAUGUGGAUACUACUUCUCGUUAACUCGGUAAUGGCUUAUUCAGCCAACUUAUUGAAUUUUCUGGUUACCAAAUACACAAGCGCCCUCACUCUCCAGGUUCUUGGAAAUGCUAAAGGAGCAGUUGCAGUGGUGAUUUCGAUCUUGAUCUUUCAAAACCCGGUUACGGUUAUGGGAAUUGGCGGGUACUCCAUAACCGUUCUUGGUGUGGUUGCUUAUGGAGAGACAAAACGCAGAUUUAGAUGA